UAGAGAAUAGAGUUGAAGAAAAGAUGAUGAAUAUAUUGUUCUUUAUCUUUUGUUUGGUGAUCAGUCAUAUUAAUCAUAAUGUUGAUGGUAUUCAAGAUAUAUUGAAGGAAGAUGUGCAGGAAGAUGUGAAGUUUGAGAUAAAACAAAAUCUUACAAUUAAUUCUUCCGUCAAGACUAUUCAUACAAAGUUAGGAAACGUUAUUGAUUGUUUUGACAUCUACAAACAACCAGCUUUUGACCAUCCGUUAUUAAAGAAUCACAAAUUGCAGCAAAAACCCAACUUUGAAAUUGAAAAGACAGCAGAGAAUAGUUCACAAAUUGAAUUCAUGUUUGAAUUUGACGAGGAGAAAUGUCCAGAAGGAACUGUCCCAAUUCUUAGAACAGACGAAAUUGUUUCAUUAAAUGAUCAUAUGUUGAGUAAAGAAAUUCCUGGUCUUCAUAUUGCAGAAGUAUCUCUCAAACCACGUUUGGGUCCAUAUUAUAAAGUUGCUGGAACAAUGAGCAUUUAUGGUCCACAAGUUAAUAAGGAUCAAGUUUCAAUGGCUCAUAUUUGGGUUGAGAAAGGAUCCGCCGAAACCAUGAACAAAAUAUCUGCAGGAUGGCAUGUGCUUCCACAAAUAUAUAACGAUAAUCGAAGCCAUUUUUAUUCUACAUGGACGACAGAUAAUUACAAACAUACAGGAUGCUACAACCUUCAAUGUCGAGGUUUCGUUCAGACUGACAGAACUGUUUUCCUUGGUGCACCUUUUGGCCAUUUAUCGGUAUACGAUGUAAUAAGUUAUGUGAUCUACAUUUCUAUUACACAGGAUCCAGAGACAAAAAAUUGGUGGUUAACUUUGGGAAAUAAAAGCAUUGGUUAUUUUCCAGCAGCAUUGUUCAGCGACUUGGGUUCAGCAAGCAUAGUAGGGUGGGGUGGAAGAGCAGGAGGUAAAGUUGGCAGUCCUAGUCCUCCCAUGGGAUCUGGACAUUUUCCUGAUGGAAAGAGUGUCCAUGCAUGCUAUUUUAAAGCAGUAGAGAUUCAAGAUUCAUCAAGAGACAUUUAUGGACCUAAAUCUUCUCAAGUCGUAACCUUCAAUGACAACAAUAAAUGUUAUGGUGUUAUUUACUAUGGAGAUCAAGGAAAUCAUCUUGGAUGUGUUCUCCAGUUUGGAGGACCUGGGGGUGAUUGUGGUAUUUAAUCUUUAUAAUUAUGUUUUCUAUCAACUUUAAGAAUAAGCAUCUUUAUUUAGUACAA